AUUACAAAAUGUUCCGUAUGCUUCUAAUUUCAGCUUAUAUUUUACUUGCGCUGUCACUUGUGUUGGAGGAAACCUGCUUAAUACAUCAAAUAAAAGUAAAAACUACCAAAGAACUGAAUUUUAUCUUUUUAGCUGAGGUCUGGAACAACACAGAUUUGAUAACUGCUUACAGAAAUGGAUGUGAGCAAAAUAAUGUUCGACCUUUGAGUAAAGUUUUGAAUCAGCUGCAGGGUAUUCAAAAUACAGGAGAGAGACAUGAGCUCCUUAGUCUCAAGGCUGAAAAACUUGACAUUCGUCACUGUGAAAGUCUCGAGGAGGUCCUCCGGAGGGUGCAGUUCAAGUGUAUUGACUUGGAAGCAUGUCAUCUGGAUGAUGAG